AUGGCACCUGUCUUGUCACAGUACACAUCGAUCACCGAUCUUCAAAGGGCUCUCUAUGAUGGACGUACAUCUGUCAAGGAAGUGGUGUUGCACUACCUGGAACAGAUUGACGGGCUGAAUGGACAGCUCAAUGCAGUCACUGCAAUCAAUUCGAAUGCCUUGGAAGAAGCCGAAAGGCUCGAUAAACUUCCCCCAGAACAACGAGGACCUCUCCACGGCCUCCCCCUCCUGAUCAAAGACCAAAUCGAAACAGCCGGAAUCCCCACGUGUUUCGGCAGUAAACUCUGCAAAGACUACAUUCCCACCAAAGACGCCGCCAUCAUCCAAAGAUUGAAAUCCGCGGGCGCAAUCAUCCUCGCCAAGACCACGCAACCAGAUUGGGCGGCGGGAUGGUUCUCCACAUCCUCUUUAACCGGAACCACUCAACAUCCCCAUGAUUCAUCCCGAGACCCCGGCGGCUCCUCCAGUGGUUGCGGCACGGGCGUCGCGGCGGGAAUGGGGCUCGCGGCUAUUGGAGGCGAUACUUGCGGUAGUAUUCGUUUGCCUGCGAGUUUUUGUGGAUUGGUCGGCGUGCGUGUUACUCCCGGGAGGAUUUCGAGGCAGGGUAUGUCGGCGCUCGUUAAGACGCUUGAUACUCCUGGUCCCAUGUGUGGGAAUGUUGAGGAUGCGGCGAGGAUUUUGGAUGUUUUGGUGGGGUUUGAUGAGAGUGAUUCUUUCACCAGUAUCAAUGCUUUGGCUCCGAGGAGGGGGGACUUCCCCUUCUCCGAUGCUAUUGUGAAGCCCAUCCUUCAAGGACGCAGAAUCGGCGUGUUGCGACAGGUGUUUGGAACGCAUCGAGGGAUUCGCACCCUUCUCGACGAUACAUUGCACAAACUCUCCCUUUCGGGGGGGAAGCUGAUUGAUGUGGAGAUUCCCGACUUGGAUCGCUACACGCAGUCGACUUCCGUCUAUACUCUCCGCUCCAAAGCGGACAUCAACGAAUUCUGUGCUUCACGGGAAGAUUUGGCACAUAUCAAGAUUGAAGAUGUGUAUCACUCGGGAGAGUACCACGAGUGCAUCAAUCUUACCGGAGCGUUGGUCUCGGCCGACUUUCACAAGAACCCACAUUACUCUGCGAAACUGGAGGAGAUUGGAGAUUUUCAACGAUCUGUCGCGGGGAUCUAUGCAAAGCAUGAUCUGGAUGCCAUCAUCUAUCCUACCUGUCAGGUUUUGGCUCCGAAGACGAAGGAUGUUCUUGACAUGGAAUGGCAUUCCGGCGCCUUCCCUACCAAUACGGCGAUUGGUUCCUAUUUACUGUUUGCUUCGGUGUCGGUGCCCAUCGGCAGAGCCAAGGAUGAUGGGUAUCCCGAGGAUCCAGAACUGCCAGUCGGUCUCGAAAUUCUGGGUGUUCCUUUGAGCGAGGAGCGGAUUUUGAACAUUGCAGCGGGUAUAGAAGGGGUUAUUAUGCAAGGGCGUUGA